ACCUCCAAAAAAGAACAUCUUUUUUUUGGAAAUUUGAAAUUUUGUUGGCUCUGUUGCAAUUUGAAGGUUGAAGAGAGAGAGAGAGAAGAAAGCGAAAAAUGGGGCAUCAAUAUCAUGAAGCAACAGACGGAGUUGUAAACCUAUUCACAAAAGCCAAUCACGAUCUUUCUAUGAUUCACCAUCGUCUCGAAAAGGAGUAUCAACAGAUUUACCCUGACAAUGCAAACCCUAUGAAGCUUGUGUCUAGGAUCAAAAAGGUUCAAGAAGAUAUUUCAACCUUGAAGGGGCAGUGCCACGAGCUUCUUGCUGCCAAGCAGGAUUUGAUUGAUAAAGCUCAGAGAGUUCUGGUUGAGAAUAGAAAUUUGUUGCAGCGUAUGCAAUCAUCUGUUGGCAUCCCUUUUACCGGUGAAGAUGAUGCUGCAUUCACUAACUUCAAACAGGUGAUUGAUGAAUGGACAGAUCAAGUAAGAUCAAGAACAGGAAAUGAAACACACGAUUCUGAUUCUGGAGAUCUCAACAAACUACUCUUCUCAGCUAUAGUCCAAAGCAAUUGAACUGCUUUCCAAGACAUUCUAAGAAUCAUGUAAGUUGCAGUUUAAGUCCAAUUAUCAGGGUUUUCAAAGAUAUAUACUGUAGACUUGUAAUGUUGUACAAAUAGAACUGUGUGCUGCCUAUUGAUUAUUAUUUUUCUUAUAAGAUGUAGCGAUAGUUGGUCAAUAUUUGAUCAGAACUUAUUUGAAUCAUGCUAUACUUAUUCUACAUUGAUACUGAAGGUUCUUCCAAACACUUUUUAGGGAAACAUGUUCAUUUACAAUUACAAUCAGAUCAACAUGAUAAUUCCUG